GACUACGUGCACCUGCAAGGAAGCUCACAGGCAGAUAUGGUGAUAUGUAAACAAAAAUCUCAUACAACGGGGACAUAAUACUUUCAGUGCAAAUCUUCCAAACAUGAUCAGCAAAGUGAGGAUCCAACAGAUGGAUACCAUUGCACCGUCACUUAAGUUAUGUUCCAAAAAAAAGAUUUGCCGUCCGUCCUGUUCCUCGCUCUGCUCAUCUUUAUCAUCGUUCUCACUCUAUGUCAGAUUCUUGUCGUUCAUCGACAUGACCAGAGAGGAUAUCAUUUAUCUAAAAAUCAACAGCUCGCUCAGAGGAAGAAAAUGUACCAUGAAAUGAUAGGAAAUUAUAACUUUAAAAAAUACAAAAACAUUGCCAAAAUAGAAGUGUUUCGUCGUCGGAUAAAAAGUGUGAUUAUUAUGUUAAGUGAGCAAAAUAAUGGCAUGAAUAUUGCAAACGAUAAUGGAGAUGUUAGUGCUGUAAUUCCCACCGUCCGUGAGGAUGAUUCUAUGACGCUCUGUGAUCGAGUUCCCCCCAAGCUAGUUGGUGAAAUAUCCGUCCAAACCUGUGACACAGCCUGUCGACUAGAAUCAAGGCUAGCUGUCGAGUCUGGCGGCUACUGGAAACCAGCCACCUGUAUAUCUCGUCAUCGUGUGCUUAUUGUAAUUCCAUUUAGAGAUCGUUGGCGUCACUUAACAAUACUUCUACAUAAUUUAGUUGGUAUGCUUCAACGUCAGCAAUUGGAGUUCAGGAUUUUAGUUGCCGAACAGUUUGGUAACGCAACAUUCAACAAAGGGCGCUUGAUGAAUGCUGCAUUUCUUGAAGCAAAGAAACGUUUUCGAUUCCACUGUGUGAUUUUCCAUGAUGUUGAUCUAGUACCAGAAAAUGAUAGAAAUCUUUAUUCCUGUCCAUGGCAACCUACUCACCUUUCAGUUGCUGUUGAUGAAAUGCAUUACAGGUUGAAAUAUGAGCUACUUGUUGGUGGAGUGCUUGCUAUAACGUCAGAACAUUUCCAGUUAGUAAAUGGAUAUUCUAAUGAAUACUGGGGCUGGGGAGCUGAAGAUGACGACAUGGCCUACAGAAUUUUGCUUUCCGGUUUACGUAUAAUGCGUCCAUCUGCAGUAGUAGCUCGAUACCGGAUGUUACGUCACGAAAAGCGAGAGCCAUCUGCAUGGAGUUCAAGAACAAGAUUACUCAAAAGUGUGAACAAACGGUUUCAAAUGGACGGAUUGAUUAAUGUGCCUUAUCGACUUGUAUUCAGUAAAGACAAGCCUCUAUUUAUGCAUAUGAUGGUAGAUGUUGGCCUUCCGAAGGAACACGACUCCUAGCUCAUCCAGGACUACAGUGGUAUUCAAUCAUUGCAGUAAAUAUUUCAUACUGCCUGCUGUAUUCAAGCACCGCUCUUAGUAUGCGAACUAUGACAAACCCCAUGCAAUGAGGCUAACCAACAUCGUGAGGACAACAUUGAGUGAGCUUUCACAAAUUCCUUAUUCGGAAAGAGCCAUGCUAUAAACUGAGCAUCGAUCAAACAAGUGCAAAACAUGAACAGAAUCUUUAUGGGGAUCACAGAGCAUGUGUGACGGGAGAGAUUCAGCAACGUCACGUGCCAUGUCAAUGUUAGUAAAAUGCAGGUGCAAAACUGCAGGAUCAUGUCUACACAUCGACCCCUGCGAUGGGAGUGCUAAAUUUAAAUCACAGAUAAGCAAGACCUACAUAAUGGAUAUUUCGUCUGUAUUAGGAAUUCUGAUGUCUAUUGACGGUGUGCCUUUGUAGCAGUGACUAUCGGGAAUCAACAUAAUUAAAAUAUUGUGUAAGUUUAACGGAUGGGGGUGUUGUGUUGUACUGUAGACAUAAUUAAAAUAUUGUGUAAGUUUAACAGAUGGGAAUUGUUGUACUGUAGAUGUCGAAGGUUUGUUGCUUCGGUAAGAUAUUUUCAGAUGAAUUAUCAUGAAGCUUUGGUUGACUUGGUUCUGAAUGCUAUAAUUUCAUUUAUUGUUUAAAGCUGUACUUGCCAAAUUUAUAAUAACAUGUUAUAUCAAACAAUGUAAAUAUUUCACCUGGGAAAGGCGCUUUAAAAUAUCAUAUAAAGAUACUGUCUAAUACCAUAUAAGGGCAAUUUGGAUACCAUGCCUAUACUACUUAGCACAAAGAAUGAAUUCAUUGCAGCCAUAUAUAUUGGUGGUGGUUCUACACAACACAUUCUUUGAUUUAGAAGACGAUCAUUUUAGUAUACUAUCGGAAAUAUUAGUUCAUUUGAUAUUAUUAUUACAUUGUAUGCUAUCGUAUUUUCGUUAAUGCAUUGAUUCUAAUCAAUUCCGUCUGUGAUGGGACUGACGUCAACACUGAUAACUAGCUAGAUAGGAAGUAAUAAUGAGAUUAAUAUAAGUACACAUCUGUUCAACAUCAUGAUGAUCAACUUUUUUUAUGUGCUGAACAAAUGUAUAUUAAUAAAUAAUGUAAACUGGUUGGAACUAUGUGAAUGUGAAACAUGUAAAACCAAUAAAACCAGGGUUAUAACAAUGAACUUUAGUAAUAAUAAAACAAAAAAUGAAUAAAUUAAACGUGUUAC